UGUUAGGAGAUCGGCGAGUGUGUGUGCGUGCGUUUGAAACCCGCAUGUGUUUUGCCACGGCCGUGUCAUUAUACGGGGGCAUACGGUCGUGGCAUAGGCGAGCCAAACGGCUGGUGCUCCGAGUUACACGGUAGUCGCGGAUAGAAUCGUCGCGAGUUAAAAUCGAGCGCGAAAAGCGUAGGGGAAAAAAAAAGAAAAAAGGAAAAAGGAAAUCGCACGGGGAUCGAGGAAAAAAGAAUCGCGAAGCCUGCACCGCGGGUGCGAGAAAUUCUUCGGAUGAUAUUCGUGGCCCGAUUUUCGUCGUCAGCCUCUCGUCGUUCGACUGGAUGGAAAGAAGUUCUAUUAUCGGUCAGUGGGCUGCGCAGUAAUUAGCGGAGCGAGGAUUGAAGAAGAAAAAAAAACCUUUUUAACGGGACCGCGUCGCGAUAUUCUCCCAUGUCAACGUGCGGUGCAUCUAUAUGAAUGGUGUACGAAGAGUUUUUGGGCCGAUGGGGCCGGUUCGUGCUAAUCGGCGCUGGCGCUGGUGCCGUUUUGAUAUUCCUGUUGAUAAUCGCGUGUUUUCUCACGCCCGGAUGUCUGGGAUACGAAUGUGUACGGAAACGUCGAAAACAGGGGGAAAAGAAUGUUCCUCUGAGGUACAACGGGCGGCCAAAUGAGAACGUUAAACUUGCAGAUGUGAGCUACAGGUCGUGGAGGCUUGGAAGUCUGUACGAUAACGGAAGUAUUUGCGAAAACGCCGAGUCUCAGGGCCGAGAUUCCCUGAAUUCGAUCAACGGCACUCUCGAGAGUAUGGAAACCGCUUCGACGCUGAGUUUAAUUAAUGUUGAAAAACAGCAGAAAAAGGACGAUAAAAUCAAGGAAUUCCCGACGGAGCUCACCAUGAGCUUGCAGUAUCUUCCUGCGAGCGCGGAAAACGCUUUGGGAAAACUCGUUAUCGGAAUCGAGGCAGUGGCUAAUUUACCUCAGAAGCAAUACAACUGCACGUUGGAGCCUUACAUGGCUUUGGAUAUAAUAAAACAAACCUGGUCUAACCGGAACGCACAAAAAUUGCACAGCUUCAGGACGAGGGGUGUUCGGCACACGGCCAGUCCAAUUUACAGAGAAACUUUCGUCGUGGCGGACGUCAAGCCCCAAGAAGUCAAGGAUUGGGUCGUAGACAUCGCCGCUUACGAUCACGACAGGUACGCGAAUCACACCGAAUUGUGUACGCUCAAAUUUCCCCUCAAAGAUGUCAAGAAGUUAUUGACCAGCCCGGAAAUUCAUUUGCUCAAUUACAAAAUGAAACGGUCCAACAAGGAAUACGGAAACAUUUUAUUGGGCGUGAGUUAUCUACCAACGGCGCAGAGAUUGACGAUAAAGGUCGUGAGGCUGGCCAAUAUGAAAAUUACCCACACGAUACCCAGUCCGAACGAAUUCAAUCCAUACGUAAGGAUAUUGAUGCUGAACGGAAAGACGGGUAGAAAAAUAAAGAAGAAAAAGACUAAAUAUGUUCGGGCAACUGCCCAACCGGAAUUCAACGAGACUUUAACGUUCGAUUUGACCUUUGCUCAACUCGAAUCCAUUCAAUUUCUCGUCGCUGUUUGGAGCAAGACUGAUAUCCCGGAAGAAGGUAACAACGAACACCAAAGCGACAGCGAAGAGUCCAUAAAUUCCUACAGAAAAUCCAAAGAUAUUUGCAUAGGAAAAGUUGCCCUGGGUAAGGGCGCGAGAGGUGUAACGGAGAAGGCCCACUGGUUUUCCGUCCUACAAAAUCAGAGAAAAGUCGUCACAGUUUGGCACACCCUCAAGUAGAAGUAUAGAAAAAAUUAUAUGUACGCGCGCGCGAACGAACCACAAACAAGUAGUAUUACCAAACGAGAAAAAUGAGAGAAAUAAAUUUAUUUAUUUAAAAAAAAAA